AUGGGGCAAGAGAUAUGUAAUCGUGUCAGCAAAGAUAUUGUCAAGGAAAUGAGGGCCAACAAGACUCCUAAAGCAAUGAUGAGGGCAUCUAAAGCUGCUGCAGGUGUCGAUCAAAUAGUGAAGAGAGUGAAUGAAGUCAGCAAUAUCAAGCCAGCAUCUCAAUCGUAUACACACAAGGAAACCAGUAAUGAAGAAGUCAUGAUGUUUCAGGAUCUACAAAAGUUACAACCAUUCAACACAAAGAAAGGCAGAUAUCAUCAUAAUUUUAAAGAAAUUGUUGUUUCACCAACAUCAUCAGUUAAUAUGAGUGAACUUUUCACACAUGGUUAG